AUGGACCACCAAGAAUGUCAAAAUUCUUCCAUACUUACAUUGCGUGAAGGAGUUGUGCAAGCGCUUCGAGAGAUUGACUUCAAGCAUGUCCCUCGAAUCCAAAAUGAGUUUGUUGAUGCCCUUGCGACAUUGUCAUCAAUGAUCCAACAUCCGGACAAGAAUUACAUCGACCCUAUCAAGGUAGAAAUACAUGAUCAGCAAGCAUAUUGUUUUCAUGUCGAUGAAGAAUUGGAUGGCCAGCCAUGGUACUACGACAUUAAAAAGUUGCUCGAGACGAGAGAAUAUUCGAAAUAUGCAACUAACAAACGAGAGCGGACCUUGAGGAGAAUGGCAAAUCACUUCUUCCUUAACGGAGAAAUCCUAUAUAGGAGGACUUCGUAUCUGGGAUUGCUAAGAUGCGUGGAUACGCCACGGAGGCGACGAGGUUGUUAG